AAUGUGAAUUAAAAUGUAAAAUUUUAAUUUUACAUUAAAAAUUAAAAAAUUUUUAAUGUAAAAAUUUUUUAAUUGUUAUUUCCUUAGAAAAAGUAAAUUGGGUUAACCCUUAUUUCUAAACCCAUGGAUUUGAGAAAAGAUUUUUGUAAAAGUGCAUCUAAAGACCAUGUUUCUUAAUUUCAGUAUGAGACCCAGGACAUUCUAUGCUUAAAAUUGUUAUGUUGUAAAACUUGGGAAAGAAAGAGGAGUAAACUUUAGUAAAUGCUUCCAAACAUGACUUGCUUCCUUCCACAGGAUUUCCAGUCCCUACCUGGCUGUGAUCAUUGUGAUGGAGCACAAGAAAAAACUGUUAGUCCCAGAUUCGAAUGACUUCAAGGAGGGGAAGAGUAUGAAAAACCCUCUUACAGGAGAUGAGAGUAAGAAUAAUUUGGAAGCUGUACAACACAGUAACCCUAAGGCAGAUAAACUUAAAGACAGAGGCUCAAAAUGGUCUAAAAGAGAUGGCCCAAAAAAUUCUAAGCAUGAGGAUACAAAAGAAAUGCCGCUGGCAUGGUACAAAGGAGUUAAGAUUUGGUGUCAUGAUUCCUAUGAAAAUGAUGGCAAGCUAAAGAAUCAGUGGGGAAAUUCUACAGGAAAAGAGAAGGAAAUCUCCAAUCACUGGGAAUGGGAUCCAGGAGAACAUGCCAAUGCCUCCAUCCAGCAGAAUUCAUCCUCUGCAAACAAACCUUACAAGUGUUCUGAAUGUUGGAAAAGCUUUAGUAAUAGUUCUCAUUUGCGUACGCACCAAAGGACCCACUCAGGAGAAAAGCCUUAUAAAUGCUCUGAGUGUGGGAAAUGCUUUGGUAACAGCUCUCAUCUGAUUCAGCAUCUGAGAACACACACAGGAGAGAAGCCCUAUCAGUGUAGGGAAUGUGGGAAACGCUUCAGUAAUACUUCCCAUCUUAUUAUCCACGAGAGAACUCAUACAGGAGAGAAACCUUAUAAAUGUCCUGAGUGUGGGAAGAGUUUCAGUAGCAGCUCUCACCUUAUUCAGCAUCACAGAUCGCAUACAGGUGAAAGGCCGUAUGAAUGUCCUGUAUGUGGGAAAUGCUUCAGCCAUAGCUAUGUCCUAAUAGAACAUCAGAGAACUCACACUGGAGAAAAACCUUAUAAGUGCCCUGAUUGUGGGAAAAGUUUUAGUCAGAGUUCCAGCCUGACUCGCCACCAGCGGACACACACAGGUGAGAAGCCCUACAAGUGUCUAGAAUGUGGAAAAAGCUUUGGUUGUAAUUCUACUCUAAUAAAGCAUCGGAGAGUACAUACAGGAGAAAAGCCCCAUCAGUGUCCAGAAUGUGGGAAGAAUUUCAGUCGAAGUUCAAACCUUAUUACACACCAAAAAACACAUACAGGAGGGAAAUCCUAUGAAAGUUCUGAAUGUGAAGAGAGUUUGGAUCAGAACUGCAGUGGACUAGAAGAAUACAGAAUCCAGCCAGGAGAAAAACCAUAUAAAUGUUGUGAAUGUGGAAAGAGUUUUGGCCUUAGCUCCCAUCUCAUUAGACAUCAGAGAACACAUACAGGAGAAAAACCUUUCAGAUGUUCUGAAUGUUGGAAAACUUUCAGUCAGAGUUCCACCCUGGUGAUUCACCAAAGGACACAUACAGGAGAGAAACCUUAUAAAUGUCCUGAUUGUGGUGAAUGCUUCAGUCAAAGCUUUAACCUUAUAAGGCAUCGGAGGACCCACGUGGGAGAAAAACCUUACAAAUGUACAGACUGUGAGAAGUGCUUCAGCAGAAGUGCCUACCUCAAUCAGCAUAGAAAAAUUCACUUAGAAAGGUCUUUUGCAUCUCCUGAAGUUGAGGGUUUUCCUCAAGGAUGGACUUGGAAAAACUGUUCAGGGGUAAUGGCCCUCACCCCUUCACUUUCAGUUCCAAAUUCAUCUUCCUGAAUCUCAAAGCCUGUUUUUGUUUUUUUAAUUGGGCCAUUACAAUUAAAGUAUUCUAUAAUUACUGUUCUACAGAGUUUCUUUGGUGUGUUUACCAAAAUGUCUGGAAAAAGUCAACCUCUCAGUUUAGAAGAUAGGAAGACCCAGAUAACCAGGUCAAUGGAUCUGUCCAGUGGGAGAUAAACCAAGGAUGGAGAAAAAAGAAGACUGUUUUGAAGGUAAGACAGGAAUAGCUUCAAAGGAAAAUGUAAAGAGUAAUCCUAAGAAUAAGCAAAAGGACACCUUGCAUUUCCAUGGAAUUAUCCUACUUUUUUCUUAUUGGGUAGAGGUAGAUCAUUACUGUUCCCAGGAGGUUCCCCAGAGAAAGAUUCUUUUUGAACAAUGUGAUUUCCUGCUGUUUUGUUGGAAGAAAAGAAUUAUUUUAUAAAAUCUUUCCAAAUGCAUUUUUAUUCACUGAAAAUUAACUUUUGUAGCAUAAAGAACUACACCAUCCAGUACAAUAGCCACUAGUCACAUGUGACUAAUUAAAUUUAAAGUUAUAGUUAUCAAAAUUAAAUAAAAUUUAAAAUUCAGUUCCUUAGUUACACUAGGUCCAUACCAAGUGCUCAGUAGCCACAGGUGUGGCUUCUGUAUUGGAUAUCAUCACAGAAAGUUCUUUUUUUUGAGAUCAGACACAUAAAUAUUUCCUAAAAGGAAAUAUGCUCUGGGGUCUCUGCAAUAUAGAGUAGAAAUGGGAUAGAAUUUCAAAGGCACUGGGUCUAGAGACUGGGUAUUCUAAUUUAUGUUCAGCUGCCUGGAUUAUCCAGUUAUUCGAUCCUAUUGUCUGUUGGCCAAAGCCAGAUUAGGAGGUGAGAUUCCUCAAUUCCGUUCUUAACUUUUUGACAGUUAGUCCUUUCCCCUGAGUUUUCCCAUUACAUAAUUUCUGGUCAGAUCAGAAACUGGGUUCUUUUUCUAAUAAUUAAGCUCCCGAUUCUGAGCAGUGUCCAGGGACGGUUUGCCAUUGAAGACCAAGAUUCCUUAGUUCCAGUUUCAGCAGUUUGCUUUUGCCUGUGUACUUACUUGGUAUAUGGGUCUAAUAACUGAGAUCUGAACCUUUCUUACUUGGGGAAUGAUGCUAUGAAAAUAUUAAAUAUUUCAUUUCUUUCCCCCUGCUACUGCAAAAAAUAAAUGUGCAGGAAGGUCAAGAAUCCUGAGAUGCCAAAUAUUUCAAUCUAAUUUUUGGAUACUAAAUACAUUUUAUGAAAAAUACAAUAGAGAUGCAAAUUAGGAAUGUGGAGCCAGAAAGGGCCAGUUGUAACUGCUGCAAAAAGCAGCAGCUGGAGGGUAACUUAAAUUUUACAGGGAUUAUUUAUUCUUUCAUGAUUGUGGUGUACCUGAUUAAGUGUGUGAAAAGAAAUAAAAACCAAAUAGAGUUACUAUGGCUAAGAGAUUUAAGAUGGAGCCUGGAGGCCAUUCAGGAGUUUACUCCUAUGUAAAUCUUAGCCAGAUAUCACAAACUGCCCAAGUAUGCAUAGCCACAGACAACAAGUGUUUCUGAAAACCCUAAGAACAUCUUGAUAAUUUGAUAGCAUAAGCAAACCACAAGAUAAAGAAAUCAGUAAACUAUCUAAACUGAAGGCUAUUUGGAGCACCCCAAAUAUCCACCGAUCACAAACAACAUAUGUAAUCUUCAUUUUAUUUAAAAACCUUUGCGUGGAAGUGACAAGACAGGACAUGACUUGGGUGACUACCUGAAUUUGUGCUCCCCGAAUUGCAAU